AUGUGGAAGCUGAAGCUUUCAGAGAGCAAAGAGGACGAGUGGGUUAGUAGCGUUAAUAACCAUAUUGGAAGGCAGUUCUGGGAGUUCGAUCCACAUCUUGGAACUGAGGAAGAGCGAGCUCAAGUGGAACAAGUUCGAAAAGAAUUUAACAAGAACCGCUUCAAAUUCAAGCAUAGUUCUGAUCUCUUAAUGAGACUCCAGUUUGAGAAGGAAAAAGGCUUAGAGAUGAAAGGAGGGAAGGUGAAAGUUGAAAGGGAGGAAGAUAUAAAUGAGGAAAUGGUAAGAAACACACUGAAAAGAGCGUUGAGAUCUUACUCAACCCUGCAGGCUGAUGAUGGUUUCUGGCCCGGUGAUUAUGGCGGUCCUAUGUUUGCUCUACCUGGUUUGGUGAUUGGGUUAUCGGUGACGGGGGCCCUUAAUGUUGUCUUACCGCCUGAACAUCAAAGCGAGAUGCGACGCUAUCUCAUCAACCACCAGAACAAAGAUGGAGGGUGGGGAUUGCAUAUAGAAGGACCCAGCACAAUGUUUUGUACAGCUCUCAGCUAUGUCACCUUGAGAUUGCUUGGAGAAGACAUCGAUGGUGGAGAUGGAGCCAUGCAGAAAGCAAGAAGAUGGAUUCUUGAUCGUGACGGUGUUACUUCGAUUCCUUCCUGGGGCAAACUCUGGCUUUCAGUGCUUGGCGUUUACGAAUGGAGCGGCAUCAAACCAAUCCCCCCCGAGAUAUGGUUGCUUCCAUACUUUGUUCCUUUGCACCCAGGAAGGAUGUGGUGUCACACUCGGUUGGUUUAUCUACCAAUGUCAUACUUAUAUGGUAGAAGAUUCGUGGGUGUUAUCAACGCCAUUGUUUUAUCCCUUAGAAGAGAGCUGUAUACUCUUCCCUAUCAUCUACUCGACUGGGACCAGGCUAAAAAUCUAUGUGCCAAGGAAGAUUUGUAUCAUGAUCCACGCGUAAUGAUCCAAGAUAUUUUAUGGGGUUUUCUUCACAAUGUAGGGGAACCUCUUCUCAUGCACUGGCCUUGCUCCAAGUUAAGGCAGAAAGCACUCUAUCAUGUAAUGGACCAUAUACACUACCACGACGAAGACACAAACUACAUCUGCAUUGGUCCCGUUAAUAAGGUAUUAAACAUGGUUUGUUGUUGGUUGGAGGACCCCAAUUCUGACGCAUAUAAGUGUCACAUUUCAAGAAUCAAAGACUAUCUCUGGGUGGCUGAGGAUGGAAUGAAAAUGCAGGGAUAUAAUGGUUCUCAAUUUUGGGAUGUUGCUUUAUCUGUUCAAGCAAUCUUGGCUACCAAUAUUGAUGAUGAAUACGGUUCAAUGCUUAAUAAAGCAAAUAAUUUCAUAAAAUGCUCACAGGUUACAAGGAACAGCUCUGGUAACCAUAGUUACUGGUAUCGCCACAUUUCUAAAGGUGGUUGGCCUUUCUCAAAUCCAGACAACAGUUGGCCUGUGUCAGAUUGCACUGCAGAAGGCUUGAAGGCAGCCAUUUUGUUAUCAAACUUGCCAUUUGAGGUUGUUGGGAAAGCAGUGGAACCGGAACAGUUAUAUGAUGCUGUUAAUUACAUUUUAUCCCUGCAGAAUAGAAGUGGUGGAUUUGCAUCCUAUGAGCUCACAAGAUCAUAUGCAUGGCUGGAGAAUAUAAAUCCAGCUGAAACAUUUGGAGAUAUCAUCAUUGAUUAUCAGUACGUAGAAUGCACAUCAGCAGCGAUUCAAAGUCUUGUCUUAUUCAAACAAUGGUUUCCAGAACACAGGAGGAUGGAAAUAGAAACUUGUAUUGCUAAGGCAUCAAACUUUAUCGAAAGCAUACAGUUAGCUGAUGGCUCAUGGUAUGGAUCAUGGGGAAUCUGCUAUACCUACGGAACAUGGUUUGGAAUAAAGGGGCUCAUAGCUGCAGGUAAGAGCUACCAAGAUAGCCACAGCAUUAGAAGAGCAUGUGAAUUUUUGCUUUCCAAACAGCAGCUUUCUGGUGGCUGGGGAGAGAGCUAUAUGUCAAGUCAAAACAAGGUAUACACAAAUCUGGAAGGACACAAAUCACAUACAGUGAACACUUCGUGGGCUAUGUUGGCACUUAUUGAAGCAGGCCAGGCCCAAAGAGAUCCAACCCCAUUGCAUCGUGCGGCCAAGGUGUUGAUCAAUUCACAAAUAGAAAACGGGGAGUUUCCCCAACAGGAAAUCAUAGGAGUCUUCAACAAGAAUUGUGCUAUCAGUUACUCUGCAUACAGAAACAUCUUUCCCAUAUGGGCACUUGGAGAAUAUCGAAGUCGCGUAUUGCUUUGUCCUGACAAAAGGUCAAGAGCAACUCCAUAA